AUGGAAGACGACCCCCUCGACAUAUCCCUCCCCCUACCGUAUCGCCUCUCCAUCCUCAUAGUCGGCGGCGUAUGGCUCUGGGGCUUCGCGCUCCAGCUGGUCAAGCCUCUCGCUCAGUUGGUCGGCCACCCUCACGGCCAGCAGACUCACCAAACUACAUACACUUUCGCCAGCAUCCUUACUGGGCCACUCGUUCUGUCCGUCCUCUUUUGGUCUGCGGUUACUAAUAUUGAGAACGCUGCGACUUGGCGCUUUUUGCCCAAUGUUACGCUUCUUUUGGUUAUUCUGAAGUUUGUCCCGCUUCACAUCAAGGGGCUUCCUCUACCGCGGGCUGGGCUUUCGAGGUUCUGGUCGUCGCUGAAAAGGGUUUCAAUCGGAGGACUGGCGAAGCAAGAUGAGCCACGGUUUGGCGAUGUGCUUCUUGCGGACGCUUUGACUUCGUACGCGAGGCCGAUUGCUGCGCUCUAUGUGGCUUUUUGCAUGUUCUUGCCCAGCCGGCACACCCAAAAAGAUGUCUCCACAAUGCCGGGGGCAUUCUACAUCAUCCCAGCCCUGGCCGCCUACCCUUUCGCGAUCCGCUUCCGCCAAUGCCUCCUCUCGCGCCAACCAGCGAACGCUAUCAAGUAUAUGACGGCCUUCCCGCCUAUCAUUGUGGGCGCCAUGAUGAGCUACUCAGAUCAUGCCAUUGACGGCUCUGGCUAUAUUCAGUACUGGUGGGUCUUCUUCGCGGUGGUCAACUCCGGCUACUCACUCUGGUGGGACAUCUUCGUCGAUUGGGACCUCUGGAUGAUCUCCUCUGCCCCCCACCACCGCAAUCAAACCCGCAUCAUGGGCCUCACCACUCGAUGUGUGUUGAUCGUCAUCGUCGACUCCAUACUCCGAUUCACAUGGCUCGGCAAGCUCUCCGCGCGACUAGACAUCUACGAGUACAAGGAGAAAACGGUCUUCUUGCUCGAGAUGCUUGAAGUCAUGCGCCGGUGGAUGUGGCUGCUCUUCCGAGCCGAGACGGAGUGGCUGCGGAAACGAGGCGAGAAUAUCGAACUGUCACCACAGUUGGGCUGA